CUAUCACUAUUGGGGGAGACGGAGCGCAGAGCCUGCACGUGUUACCGAGCACCGUGUAGUUGUUAUAACACGGCUCCGCUCCGACCCCGCGUGCACGAGCUCCGCGCGAGGACGGGACUCACCGCAUUAACGAGAACCGACCACAUUAUGGGGCAGUGAUGGCGGCCUCUGAGUGUUACAUCGUCCACGAGAUCUACAACGGCGAGAAUGCACAGGAGCAGUUUGAGUACGAGCUGGAGCAGGCUCUGGAGGCGCAGUACCGCUACAUCGUAAUCGAACCCACACGUAUCGGAGACGAGACGGCCCGCUGGGUGGCUGUGGGGAAUUGCCUCCACAAAACCGCCGUUCUGGCAGGGGCCGCGUGCCUCCUGACACCGCUCGCCCUUCCCGCCGAAUACUCCCGUUAUGUGGCGCUCCCUGCUGGCGCUCUGAGCCUGGCCUGUGCCACGCUCUACGGCAUCUCCUGGCAGUUCGACCCCUGCUGCAAAUACCAGGUGGAGUACGACAGUCAGAAGCUCUCGCGGCUGCCGCUGCACACGCUCACCUCCUCCUCGCCCGUGGUUCUGGUUCGACGGGACGACGUGCACAGAAAGAGACUGCACAACACGAUAGCGUUGGCGGCCCUGGCGUACUGUGCCAAGAAGAUCUAUGAACUGUACACCGUAUGAGCGCUAUGACACAUGCGCACACACACACUUAUACAGAUACUGAUAAACGCAUACACGCACACAAACACACAGCAGGGAGGAGAGAAGCACUACUAAACACCCGACACAGGCAGAUACACACAUACACACCAAACAAGACAUAUGGAUGGACCGACGGAGAAAGUGAUGGAAAAACAAAAGGCAGCGGCGCUCUCUCUGUUACGCUUUUUCAGCGUCUUGCUUUCAAUCGGUUUAAGAUUGGACAGAUUGAUGGAAGGCUUGGGGGGAGCUUGUAGUUCUGAAUGAAUCUUCCCUUUUUCCCUGUACUUUAAAAGUGAUAUCACCAGUGUACUUGAGCCUCCCCCCUCCCGCUCCUUCCCUGCGCCUGUCCAGCCCCUUUCUCGUCCCGGCGACCCUCCCCAAACGUCACCUGCCACCCACACGGAGCUCCGCACCCGGGCAGUGACCUGACGGACUGAAUGUGUGGUGGACAGACGGACCGAUCAUGUUUUAAGAAUGACCUUUGAAUCCUCUCUUUUCUCCCUCUGUGUAGUUUUACUGUACCCUGCCUUUGGUGCAUCAUCUUUUCAUUAAACAGUAGGAGAUUUAACUUCACUGGCCUCUCUGACCACCUUUAUUUGACCCUCAAGGGCUCAGAUCUGAGUUUUAGGCUUCAGAUUUGCUUUACAAGCCGUGGUUUGUAGUGGAUCAGUUUAAAUCUAGUUCUUCUCAAGAAGUUCUGAAAGGUAAAUACAAAAGGUGAGCAGAAAAUGUGAACUCAUCUGAAAUGGAUAGUUCAUUUCACUCCUAAAACUUUCUCACUUGUGAUGAUGUAAACCUAUAUACUGUAUGCUGUUACAGGAAACUAAGGGUCAGAAAUGCGAACUCAUCGUAAGAAAUCUGAAUAAUUGGACAAAAUAGAGUAUAUUUUAUGCACAUGGACACCUUUUCAAAUCCAAGAUUUUAAUUGUGUUUGAAACCAAGAACUGAAUGUGGCAGUAAAUGGAUUAGUGUAAAUUCAGUUCUUCCUUAUGAAGUUUAAUAUAAAAGAUGAGCAGUAAUAAGGAACACAUCUGAAAUGCAUAGUUGACUCAUAUAUUCAUGUUUUAUCAUUUACUUAUGUUCCAGACUGUGAUAAU